UGAUAACUAACGGACUUUCGGCUUGAAUCAGUUGUUGUACUGUGCUAGUGUUGAGAACACAAUUUCAAAUGUUGUUUGGCUCGUUCAAAUAGAAGUGAACUGUAUACGAGUGGCAUAGAAGCUCAAUACUACAAGGUCAAGCAUGCUAUUCUUCAUUUAUUUGAUGUUUUGCCAAUGGAUCACGACCACUUAUCAAACGGAAACAAAAUGCCCAGGGUCAGAUUGGAUACAUUAUGCUGGAAAUUGCUACAACCUACAACAGACCGCUUCAAAAACUUGGCAAGAAGCACAAACAUUUUGUUCUCAUUUUAACGCCAACCUCGUCAGUCUCACUUCGCAAGAGGAAAUCGAUUUCUUAAAUAAACAAGGCAUAACAUAUGUCUGGAUCGGUUUAUAUAAAACUGGGACGAACGAUGCAUGGAAAUGGGUUGAUAAGUCAGACGUGAAUCUCAUUCUAUGGGACGUUGGACAGCCUGGAAGAAUUGGAGAAGAUUGUGGAGUGGCUCACUCUUUUGGUAGACCAGCGACCUACCCACUCAUCCAACAGUUCCACCCACUAGACAACUCGUCAACAAAACAUGAUGGAAGCCGCCCAGCCUACCACCCACCCAGCCAUGACCCGUAA